AUGGCCCUGGAAGAUCGCUGUAGUCCGCAGAGUGCUCCAAGUCCACCGCACCAUCAUCACAGCAGCCAGAGCCCAACCAGCACGACCACGGUUACGAUGGCAACGGCAAGUCCGCUGCCUGCUGCUACGACCUCCAUCACCUCGACCAUCGUCGCUAGCGCCAGUAGUUCGCCUACCCGCGACGAGAUGUCGCUAGUGGUACCGAUCUCGCCGUUGCACAUCAAACAGGAACCGCUUGGUUCGGAUGUUGCCGCAGCACCAGCUCUUCCUGCACACCUGCCACAUCAUCCGCAUCACCCACACCACUACCACCAUCUGCAUCAGCCCCAUCAGCAGCCCGCACCACACCAGCCUCAGACGGCACCCGCGGCUAGCAUAUCCUUCUCGAUCUCAAACAUCCUGAGCGAUCGGUUUGGUAAGGUUUCUUCGCCUGAACAGGAGCAAGCUCGUGAACCCAUCAGUCCUGGUCCAGUGCACGUCCCAGGUGUCCUGUUGCCGUAUCCUCAGCAUGUCCAUCCGGCACUACUUCAUCCAGCGGCAUAUCAUCCGGGGUUGCAUCAUUAUUAUCCACCACAACACCAACCGAUCGUACCACAAGCCCAACGUCCACUCGAUCGACGAGACAGUUUGUUCCGACCCUACGAUAUUAGCCGCAGUCCGCGAUUGUGCAGCAGUAAUGGCAGCAGCGCCGCUACACCACUACCCUUGCACCCGUACCACACGGACAGUGAUUCAACGCAGGACUCAACGUCAGCACCGAGUCCUGCCACGUACGGAGAUGUGGCGUCACCAUCCUCUGGCUCCUCCGUCAUGACGACUCCGGCCGCGACAAGCAGCCCUACGGGUAGUGUGUACGACUUUAGCCGAAAAACGGCAGCACUUGACCACCGGGCGGCCUUGCUGAGUGGGUUUAGUGCCGCCGCAAGCUACCCAAAGCUGCACGAAGAGAUCAUCAACAGUCACCGGAAGUUCCAGGCCAAACUGAUCGAGUCACAAACGAAGGCGGCAUUGGCCGUGGUUGCCGCAGCUCACCAACAACAACCACAUAUUCCGCCACUCGGUAGCCUGUGUAAAACGGUGUCCCAGAUUGGGCAGCAUGUGGCCGGAACGGGUAGCCUCGGUGGACAGGCGAGUGGUCCUGCGAACGGAGCUACCCCGAAAGAGCCCACCAAACCUUCACCAAAACCGAUCCCCAAACCGGCUGGUGCGUGUGAGAACAACGGCAUGGCAGGCGGGAUGCAGGACACGGGCAUGGAGUCCUCGGAUGAUGCCAAAUCGGAGACAAGCAGCACGAAAGAUGGCGAGAACGGAAGCAACCUGUGGCCAGCCUGGGUGUACUGCACGCGUUACAGCGACCGUCCAAGUUCCGGUCCACGGUAUCGGCGCACGAAGCAGCCAAAGGAAAAGGGCGAAAGCGAGGAAAAGCGCCCGCGGACGGCCUUCUCCAAUGCGCAACUGCAAAGACUGAAGAAUGAGUUCAACGAGAAUCGCUACCUGACGGAGAAGCGGCGGCAAACGUUGAGCGCCGAGUUGGGGUUGAACGAGGCGCAGAUCAAGAUCUGGUUCCAGAACAAGCGCGCCAAGAUCAAGAAAAGCUCGUCGGAGAAGAAUCCACUCGCCCUGCAGCUGAUGGCACAAGGUUUGUACAACCACUCGACGGUGCCGCUUACGAAGGAGGAGGAAGAGCUCGAAAUGCGCAUGAACGGCCAGAUCCCGUAG